AUGAUAUUGUCCAUUAUUCAGUCCAUCGCCCUUCUGCUGAAUACAUUCCUGGAUGACUUUUUUGGUCGGGGACUCCUAUUUCUCUCUGGUGGGCGCUAUUCCAUCAAAGUAGACGCCGUGUCAGAUGCAGCGUGCAAGUUUUUCGAAUUCAUCGAAAUGUGGAUCGGAUUUGUCUCCUCGCACAUUCUGCUCGCUUUCGGUGUUGACAGAGUCCUCUCAAUUAUGAUGCCUUUGCGGUUCCAAAAGACGCGUUACAUUCAUGCGACGCUUUGGGCGCAGGCCGCGAUCUUGGCGCUGGGCGCAUGUGUCAGUGCUCCCCUAGCCGCGCAGUAUUCGCUUAUAAUGGAAAGUACGUGUGCAAAAACUCUUCGUUGUUUUUUUUAAAAUAAUAUUAUGCUUAGUUUGCUGAAGAAGACACUGUUUGCCAAAGUGUAAGCGAAUCUUUGUAGGGCUUAGUAACAGACAGCGAAAUUUUGGAAAACGACUGAACGGAAUCAUUAACUAGACGGGGUUUGUGCAAAUAGUUCACUUGGGCUUCCGUUAGCGGUGGUAGUGCUUGACAACUUUAUGUAAAUUACAUAUUUCCGUUAUCAUUACACACUGGUUUUGGCUGCAAUCCCUUACAUUUACAUUUUCGUUCAGUAUCAUUAGGAAAGCGUUCAAAAAAUAGCAACCAUUUUUGAAACUCUAUCUGAGGCAAUUAGAUGGCGUGAAAUAAUAUAAAAGCACUAGUUACUCGUUUUUUUGAGCACACACACAUCUUGGUAUUUAUUAUAUGGGAUAAGUUACCACUUCUGCUUUAAAAAACUUUGUCAUUUUGAGAGCUUUACUGUUUAAAUGCUUCAUGAUUUUGUAUGUGAAGACCGCAAAUUCCCCCUGAUAGACCACUUUUAAUAGAGUCAAUGAUUGUCCACUACCCUACUUAGGAGAUAUGUGGUCAUAUUUGCGGGAAAUAUCACUGGAAGUCGCUUUUUAUGCGUUAUGAACAUAAUACGCUUGUUAUCAGACAGUUGUGUUAAUAUCCCAAGGCAUGUAAGCUUCUAAUAUGCCAAUAUCAGCAAACCAUAACCUCGAUGCCUGGCCUGUGCUGGCAGCUCUAUGGCACCUGGUUCCCUGCCGGUAGAAGUAUUUGCGUUCCCAUUGGGUAUGCAGGUUGUGAACAUGGCUGCGCAUGAUCCGUUGUCGUGCUGCUGUUGAUUAAAAUCCUAGUCAGGUGUUUUUUGACGAAGGGAUGUGGUGGUGCGCCUAACUGCGGGUCCGGCCGUGCUAACCAUCUGCGCUCCCCCUCCCCCCGGUCUUCUUGGCUGCGUCUUGACACUGGCUUCAGGUUGGAAAGGAGGGAAGUGCGCUGUAGAUGCUGAGCAAGUGUACCCUCACUGUACACUAAUUCAAGCGCAGAUCAGCGUGUUUGCUUCAUCUUACUUUGGAGCACAUCAUGCACGUCGUCAGGCACGAGGGUCGAACUGCCUUCUUGAUCUUAACCCUCCAAAAUGGCACUCGAAUUCUGUUCUCAACUACAAAGUCAAAGUUUUCCUUUUGUUGUUUUUACGAAGGGAUACUUUAGUUAGGGACUGGGUAUGGAUUUGUUAAGUUAUCACCAAAGUAUUGGUCUUCGAAAAGUACUUUGUUUGGUAAAAGUCCACAUAUGGAAACUUCUGAACCUGUACCACAGAUUAAUGACAGGACUGUGCAAACGCGUUUAUGCAAAAAAGACAUAAAUUCUAUCUACUUUGUGGAAGGAGCAAAAGUGGAUUUCCCUGUGGGUAAAAUGAUGGCGAGAAUUAGUUAGUCAUACAAGAUUGCUGUGUCACAAAAAGGCAUCUGCAUUAACAGUCAUUUGUAUGAAAUAAGAGAUCUGGUUUACGUCACGAUUUGAAGGAGAGUUGCAACGCUAUAACGCCGGAAAAUUCCUUCAGGCCAGUGGCAGGAAUGUUUUUUCCGAAAUUAAACAUAAUUUAGUAUCCAUGGUCUUGGCUGCUGGAAGGUCUAUUAGAUGACAACGAAAUAAGAAAUGUCGACAGGCAAGUAAGCAUUAUUAUGCGUCAAAUGUGCCAAUUUUCAGCCAAGUGAGUGGAAUUGGAUAAUUUUUCACUUCGUCCUAGGAAAAGACCAUUCCGUCCAAUUAUUGCAGCGUCAUUUGGAGAGUUCACAAUAGGACGGACAAUGUAUUUUAGUUUGAAUGAGGCAGAAACUCGCAAAUACAAUGAAUGGGCUAAAUCAUGAAAUGCCAGCCGAAAUUUCGAGAUGAGUUCCCGUUUCGAAAAGGUUAAAUACGUAGGGUUGUCAAAUUAAUCAGCAUAAUUCUAUAAUAAUCCAGUUACCUCAGGAUGUCAGUUUUUGAAUGAACUUCUUUCCGACUGCAUGCAAGAAAAAUACUCUGCAAAAAUGACUACUUAAUUAACACAAAAUUUUCUCAUUGAUUUUCGAUGCCCUCAAAAAUUCAAUUAUAUUCCAAAGAGAACAUGCGUAAAAAUAUUCAUUCUAUUGCUUUUUCGAUGAUAAAUGGCGUCUUUUUCCAAUUUUAUUUUCAAAGGAAGGAUAUACUUCGGCUUUAAAAAAGUUUUUUAUUGUGUGAUUUUUAAAUACCGUAAAAUGGCCAUUCACAAAAGGUCGUGUCUAUGCAUUUACUAAUAUGGCUUGUAAAGUCAACAUUAUACCCCAUAUCCACUGUUGAAUUUUACGAACCCCACAUGAUCUCCUCUUAAUACCGUAGAGAAAUGUGUGGUUUUCCGUACGCAGAAAAUACAGGGCUUGUAGUUUGCAAACCCUGAGUGCAAGUUCAACGGCGGGUCGGGUUCAAAAUUAUUCUGGAAUUGGAAAGGUUGUCGAAAACUGAAUCUUACUCUUCUUUCGAAUAUAAAGUUAAAAGAAGACGGAAUGUUUUACAGAAAGAGUAGAAGAAUGAAUAUAUUUAUGCAUUUUUUCCAUAAAUUAUAAUCGAAUUUUGAAAGAUAUCAAAAAUCAAUGAGAAAUUGCAUGCUACUUAAGCAUUCAGUUUUUUUUGCGGAGCACAGGUCUUGCAUGAUAUCGGAAAAAAGUUCAUUCGAAAGCCGCACCCUGUAGUAAUUGGAUUAUUAUAGAAUUAUGCUGCAAACUAGUUAGUUUGACAACUGUACUUAAAUAAUCUUUUCACAGCGCGAGCGAAUUUCAAAAUCCCAGCUGACAUGUCAUGAUUAAACCCACCUACUGUAUCUGCACUGACGUUUGUUUGUCCAUGUGCCCUCCGUGCAGGAAGUAUGGACAUAAGUUUUCAUAAAACAUUUAAUGAAGCCAAUUAGUUCAAAAGGUCUGAAAGCGUGUGCUAUGCCAAUAUGAGCAAAUCAUGGCUGUCGCAGCCCGGUAUGCGCUGGCAGUUCCUUGACACCUCGUCCCCUGCGCGUAGAUGUGCGUGCGCUCCCGCUGGGGGGUGGGCAUGGCUGCCCAGUCGUCAUCAUUGUCCCUCUGACCCCCGUCGUGGUGUUUUUGCUGUUGCUGCUGCUGCUGUUGUUGUUAUUUGUCAAAAACCUGGUCAUUUGCUGUGUGGACCAGGGGGUGUGAAUUGGAACGCCAAGGUGUGUGCACGACUGUGCCAUCCACCUGCGCCCUUCUAUCCACCUCCGGUCUUCUUGACUCUGUUUUGACACCGAGACCAGGUGGAGAGUGGGAAAGAGAGAGUGUGAUAGAUGUCAUCGACUGCGGCCGUAUUGCUUCUUUGAAACCUGACUGGUUCAUGCCUACAAGAAGUUGCUCAGCUCUCCUAGAUGUGAUUUUGUAGCCCCUCCUGAAGUAAACAAACUCCAGCCACCUGUAAUACGGAGCCGGUGGUAAUAGGGGUUUUUAUAGGUGGUGCUGGAGAACGCACAGGCGACGAGGUCAAGUAGUUGGAGACAAAAGAAAAACUGUUGGGAAUGCGCGGUUAUACUUUGAGUGGUUCAGAAAAAGUCGCCCUAACCCCCAAUCGAAACCCUAACCCUAACUCAACAGUAUUGUGUCCACCAGGUGGGACUAAAUAACCUCACCCUACCACCUUUCCAUGUAAAGUAGAAUAUUCAUGAUUCUAGCUAACCUGAAGGGGAUACGACAAGUACACGCAUGCACAAUAAUGUAAAUGAUCUACAGACAGGCAGAGGUUGUUCACUUUCCUCUGCAUUUACACCCGAAUUAGAUGGUCGAGGAAGGAGAGUGUGGUAGACGUAGCGCAAGACUACAAUGUUUUUAAACUAAUUCACGCAAAAGUCACCGUGCCUGUUGCAUCUUGCCGUGGAGCACACGGUGGACAGCGUCGAAAUCCACGGUCAAAUUGUUAACUGAGCAACUCUAACCAGAUAAUGACAGCCGGAGACUAAGACGAAGGGAGGACAUUUGAGAAUAGGGAGAGAAGAGUGAGUCAGUGGCAUCGCAAAAGCGUUGGGCAAAGUCCUUUGGUUAUGGGAGUAUCUCGUCCUCUUCCGGGCGCAAUCAAAUGAUGCACAGCAGAGUCCGAGUUGCGAACUGAAUGGCUCUCUAGAUAAAGGCACCAGAACAAUUUGUCCACUUGACAUUUAUGAUGCCCGAGGCAGCAGCCAUAAACCGUUCCAGGAACGAUUAUCCAGGCAAAUGCAUUCGUAAGAAUACGGCUAGGCAGACCGACUGGAAGUACCACAUAAAAGAUGAUUCUCUUCAGUAGACAACCAUUUUAGUAUUACUCACUAUGUGAAAUAAUAUGAGAAGUUAAGUGAAUUUAGCCAUCUCGUAUUUCCACCCCCCAGUAUACGGACAUCAUAAACAACCCUGCCCAAUUAUAUGCGCAGUCAAACGCUGCAUAUCUGCUUUGGCCGAAUUAGUCGACGCUUUUGCAAACCGGCGGCAAAGUUAUACCGUCGCAGCACUUGAAACAAGAGGCAUCUCAACUUUUAUCCUCUUGUCCUCUGUGAAAAAGCAGGCGGCCCGUCGACUCCCAAAAGCGAGUCGGAAGGCGCCCAGAAAAAACCGCUAACUUGCAAAUAUGGAGGCAAAGACUAUCAAGUCAAUGAAACGCGUCCUAUCUACAAAGCAAAGAAUCUUAUGCAGAGCCUGCAAUUUCCGCGGCAAAAGGCGGUUUGAUGCAGAGCAUCAAGCCAUCUAUUUUUGCUGCGCCUUCAACCGGUCUCUCUAUCAGUUCAUUAAUCAUCGUUUCAGGUCCGCCUUUGUUAUAGAUCAUGUCCGGCUAGAAAUGAAUUGUCGAAAGUGCGUGCAGGUCUACCAAGCUGACUUCCGAAAUCGCCAGCAUACAAAUUUGCAUAUUCGUAAUUGCAAGGGAGGUUUGCAUACGCAAACCAUAUGCAUCUACGCUUCCCGAGAAAUCGUCGAGUAUUUUGACUAUUGAGCGAAUGCAAUAGUUUAAGGGAGAUGUUACGUGACAAAUUAUCACAUGUACGUUUACUGCAACGGCGGUGUUUAAAAUUUAACUACAACCCUACUGACCGUCCCUUCGUAAGGUUCAAAUGCAGUUUAGCAACAAAACAACGGUAAAUGUCAGUUGGUGUUCUUGUGUUGCUAAUUACCAGAAUAUAAAACCUUGUGACAGACAUCAGUAUUUUUCCAUUUCACCAUUGGUUGACAAAAUAUACAUUUCUGGCACAUAGCCAACCGGACAUUUAUAGCUAUACCUUUUGAAAUAUCUGAGUUUUUUCUGAUUGGGCAGGGUAGUUGCAGUAAUAAAAGCUUCCUCGUUAUGUUCCAUACGAUACCACUAUCCUGCACAAUGUACCCCUAACAUGCAACCUAUUCAGUUAUAUGGUGAGGUCUAAGCAAGUCCACUAAAAGGCACUUCGUAUUCAGUAGUUCUUCAAACAGCGUUUUCAAAAUGGAGAUAUAGACAACAAGAAGAAAAGGUGGCUGGAAAUUGAAGUUCAAUAAAUAUGCUCGAUAUUUGUUGGUUUUGUGAUUACUUUGGCGAGCCUUUGUAAAAAUAUAUUUCUAUUUCUCCAUCGCCCUCAUCGACAGCAAGAAAUCCAUUAUUCCCUGGAGACUGCAGCGUAGGCAGUGUUUCCGCAUAUAAAUGACACAGCGACUUGAUAUGAUGUAUGUGUAGUUUUUCCAAAAAUCCUCUUUUAAGGAACCUGCCGAUAAGAAUGCUUUCGCCCCCAAAUGUCACAGGCACUGAAUAACCAGCGAACUCUUCCCCUUCGUCUGCAGCACGCACACUUCUGUCAGCACUUCUUCAGCCUACUGGGCUUGAAGAAAUACUGGCUGAAUUUGGAAGGUCUUCAGGAGCCAGCUUCUAGAGGCAAAAACCAACCAGCUUCUUAGACUUUAAGAUCUCAGGCCAUAGAAGUGACAUUAGACCAUGGAAUACGACCUGUAGAAUGCGAGUGCAACUGACGCAGCGCUUAUUGCUCCACCCCUCUUUCCCAGCCUGCCUCUUUAGCUGUUCGACCGCAGUCGAGUUUUCAUAACUUGAUAGGUUUUAACAUGAAUCUCAUUGCACCACUACAACUUUCCCGGAAGCUUUCGUCAAGAUGAUUGCGAAAGACACUUUUCUGAAGUGGACUUCACCUGAUUGGGCGGAAUGUUCACGGUAACAGGAAAUUAUCCGUUGUGGUUCAUGGGAUGUCGCCAUACUGCACAAAUUUCUUAAAGAAGUUAAAUAACGUAUUUGGCUAUAUCAGGAAAUUUCGAACGAAAUCAACAAAAGACUCCUGAAUAACUGAAAUUCUUGUGGAAAAGCUUUACUGUUUUGAAAUAUUAAUUUCUUAGGAUGGGUUCAUUAACUUCAGGAUGAAAUAAGAAAGCGUUUUUGGCAUAUUUACAGUUUGGUUACGUGCAUCCAAAAAGCUGGAUUUUAAAUUCUAAGUUGCAGCAUUUUGGAGGGAUACCAUUUAGGCAUCCUUUAAAGGCGCUGGCGCUCAUAGUGAUUUUUAAUCUUUUCCGAAAAUAAUGGUUUUGCCCUACAAACAGGUGUGUUAACUCAUGAAAUGUCAACUGAAAUUCCGAAACGCGUUUUUCUUUCGAAAAGAUUAAUUUAGUAGGGUUGUAACACUAAUCAUCAUGCAUUCUAUUUAAAUAAUAAUUCAGUUACUACAGGGUGCGGGCUUUUGAGCGAAUCUUUUUUCGGCUGCAUGCGAAAACUUUACUUUGUAAAAUGUGACCGCUUAUGUGACAUGCAUUUUCCUUGUUGAUGUUCGAAGACCGUAAAAUCAAGUUAUAUGUCAUGAAAAAGAUACAUAAAAAUAUUAAUUUUCUGCAAGCUUAGUAGAAACUUACGCUUUUUUGCGAUUUUAUACUCGAAAGAAAGGCAUGAUUUGGUUUUAAAAACGUUUCCACUUCUCGAAUAAUUUUGAAUCCGACCUGUCGUUACACUUGCAUUCAGGGUUUUCCAAAUUACAAGCCGUUUAUUCUCCUCGUACGUGAAACCAUGCAUUUUUCCACGUUAUUGAGCGUAGAUUAUAUAGGUUCAUAAAAUUUGGCAGUUGAUUUGGUCAAUAUCGUUAACUUUACAAUCUAUUUUGGUAGGUACAAGGCACUACGUUUUAUGAAAGGCCAUUUCACGGUAUUAAACAAUCUCACAAUUGGAAAAUUUUUAAAUCCGAAUUACACCUUCCUUUCGAGUAUAAAAUCACAAAAAGACGAAUUUUUGCCGAAUGAGCAAAAGCAUGAAUGUUUCUGCAUGUUUUCUAUGCAAUAUCACUGGAUUUUUAAGGUCAUCGGAAAUAAAUGAGAAAAAUGCUUGUUAUAUAACAAGUAAAUCUUUAUUGAGUAUAGUUUCUGCAUGUAACCGGAAAGAAGUUCGCUAAAAAGCCAGCACUCCGAGGUACUUGAAUUAUUACGAAAUUUUGCUGUAAAGUGAUUAGCUUACAGCCCCAGCUAAUUGACCUUUUCAAAACCAAAAUUGCAUUUCGGGAUUUCAGUUGACAUUUCAUGGAUGAGCCCACCUACCGUAUGAACAAUUUACUUGGAAAUGCCUUCUUUGGUUUUAGUAUAUUCUUGUCAAGGCCAUGCAAAUGAUGCCCUGCUUACAGUUAAGAGUGUUAAAUACUAAAUAUGCUCGGCCAACGGAGGCUCCUCUAUAAUUGGGAGUAGAUCUCACAUGUACGCCUGUCGACAGCAAUUCGUUCACCCUGCCGAGCUUGAGAAAACAUAAACUGACUUCGGUGACUUUCCAGGCGUAGAAGUCCUUAGGACUACAUGUCACUGAAAGUACGAUUAGUAUGAUGACUGUGCGCCUUCUUAAAUACAGCAAGUGACUUAUAUCAUGGAAUGUAAGCCGAAAUUCUAAGUUGUGUUCUGUACUAGGAGGAACUACUUAGGUGGGAUUGUGAUACUAAUUAUCACGCAACAUGAGCGAGUGAUAUUUUGGACGUGCCAGGACUUUGGCUAUUGAAUGCACUUCUUUUCGGCUUCCACGCAAUCAGAAAGAAGUGACUACUCGAAUAAUAUGCAACUUUUACAUCGAUUUUCGAUGUUCCUCUAAAUUCGGUGGCCUACAUCGUGGGACCUCCGAAAUAACACAAGAUUAUAUCGCGUGAUAAUUCGUAUUACAAUUCGCCCAAGUAGUCGAAAACAUAUUUUUGAAUGUCGGCUAACAUUCCAUGCGAUAGGCCACUCAAAUCGGGAGUAAUAGUUUUAGUUAAUUUAUUACCCGAGAGAAGUGUUCAAUUUAGACAGUAAGUAGCCUGCAAAUAUAUUUUAAUUCCAUUGCAGAAUUAGCUGUGAAGCCUGUUGCCUCAGUCUUUCGGUCUCCAUUCUCGUCCUGUUAGAUAAAAUAUAAGUUAAAACCCAGUUACUAUGCAAUGAUCCGUCUGCCGGAGCAGCGCGAUUACUCGUCUGCCAACAACUUAGUAUCCUUCCCGUGAGUAACUCCAACAUCAUGCUGUAUGGGCUUGAAUCAUGUCAGGCGAUUACGAUGUCUGUGUAAAAGGAGAAAACGACGUCGGUUUACUUGGGAUGCUUCGUUCAGCUUCCAAACAAUAAAGCAUGGAAGAUUACCAAAUGAUGGAAUAAUGCGAUCUAUCUUAGGAACAAGCGUCGGACUAAAUUGACUCCUUAAAGUGCAAAUUGCAAACUCACAUAAAUGUGUAACUUCUUCUUUUCAAUAAAUCACAUUUUUGUUGAUUUAAACAAGGGCGAGGAGGGGGCAGAGAGACUUAGACAAGACAAAUUUGAGGAAUUUUUGGCCAGAUUUCCGGCCGUAUUGAUGAUGCCGCCUUGUUGGACCCCGUAACCCCUGCCUCAAUUAAUUUAGAGUGGAAAGAUUCGAGGCGCUCAAGGUUUGCUCUUUGGCGCUGGUCGUCUCCGCUCCUCCCCCCCCCUUCAAUCUGCGUUCAAUUCCCCGAGUACCAAUGGUGUACAAAUCUGCGUAAACAAAAUAGCUUCUCGUUACCACCGCGAGUAUCGUCCCAAACAGCGGUCGCAUAAGUGGGUAUGCGCUACGUCUAAUUUGCGAUCAACUGUUUACUUACAACUGCCAGGGAAAUGCGCUCGCCCUAACCACCACAAUUAUCAGAAGUCCGGAUUGGUAGUAAUUCAAGGGAUGCUUCAUAAUGAGGAAUUCUUUCUGCAGCUAUGCAGCUCCCCCAGACGGCGGUGGCCGUUGGCUGAGUAGAAGCGUGUGCCGAUAAUGUUAAACACUAUCUUGUGGAAGGAUUGUGAACGAGUGAGUCUAAGAUAUUUGGUUGUUUUUAUGAGUUUCUGGCAGUCAGUUCAAGGGUCAUGUGCCUAAGUAAUGCACUGCACUACAAGAGGCCAGGAAAAGAUUGUGGUGGCCUGAACAUGCGUGUGGGCGCGCCAGUUUUGCAAUCAGUCAGACUGUAAGGUCAGUGAGUCUGGCAAUGCUAGGAGGCAAAGUGAGCGAGGUUAACUGGAAAAUUAUAUGGACGGGGAUUCUCCUGCCGCCGCGAAGUCAUGUCUAAUGUUUAACACUCAUCACCCCCCCCCCAAAUUUGUCCAUUCGAGUUAAACCUGGGGAUAGGCAUGCUGUCAUUGUUUUUUUCCUAGCUGACGUUUCGUGUGGAAAUAUUUCGUGAAUUUGAAGACCCUCAAAGCAAAGGCUACAAUGGUCCACGAACCACAGCAAACACCCUAGUUACGCCAUGAUUUAUGCCUGCCCAGGGCAAAACCGCUGUACGUAUGGCGGCUGAACUUCCUCUUGUGUAGAAGAGACCGCGGAUCGUCUGCUAAGGUGGAACGCCUGUGCACGACGCAUACCUCUGAAACCCAACUAUUCCUUUGGGGCAGGCAGAAUCAUGCGCCGAAAGCGAUGUCCCUACUGGGUACAUGUGCUAACACAUCAGGUGUGGUGAGGCAUGAAGUUGCCAGCGUAACAACCAGACGACCGACUGGCAAACGCCCGCUUAAGGAGUUACAAUGUAUCACGUUUUGUGCAUCAGUCCGAAGGGAGCUUUCGACUGAAUUUUAGGAUGUGUCGCUCAGUCGGCGGGUAGAAAUGUCUGCCUGCAGAAUCCGCCGCGGCAAUUUCCAGUCAUUCUUUGGCGAUACUACGGAAUGUAACGUGAUACUCAAUAAAAGUCGACUUGAUUUGUAGUUUUUAAAUCAUUCGUUGAAAUUUGCAAUUAAUUACACCAUUAGAUCCCUUGAAAAUCACUACUAAUGGAGGUUCAAGUUAGCACGAAUUUGGAAAAUAUUUUAGCUGACUUAAGUCAAGUAAUGCAGUGUCUGGGAGUUUUGGAAAACAUCUAUUAUUUCAACCGACGCAAAUUGCGUACAUCACGCAUAUUUUAGCUAUUGGAACACAUUGCAGUGUUGCCACGGAUCAAUGAAAACAUGAAACCCCUUUAGGUUGUAUAAGACGUCAAUCAAAAAUACUCAUUAUUUUAAAUAAAAUAAGCAGACGACAUACUUGCUUACCCUUUCAAAUAUUAUUUUGACAAAAAGUGCCUUAAGAAGUUACAAGAUCUCGUGCCACGAAGGCUGAUCUGUCUGGUAAAUGUUUCGAUAGUUACUCGCACUGUGGACUCGCGUAUUUUGUUUGCUUUGCCCAAAGCGGUAUCAUGAUCUCAUAAAGUAACGACAAAUAAUUCAUUUGAGGACCAUUUUUCGAAAAUCCUGUCAUUUAAUUUAUGUCGUGCGAGUAGACGGUUUGUUUUUCAUCGCGUUUUUAGACAAUUUUACCAAAUCCUGCCCUUCACGAAGGGCAUCUGCUUCUCGUUACCACCGCGAGCAUCGUCCCAAACAGCGGUCGCAUAAGUGGGUAUGCGCUACGUCUAAUUUGCGAUCAACUGUUUUCUUACAACUGCCAGGGAAAUGCGCUCGCCAUAAGCACGACAAUUAUCAGAAGUCCGGAUUGGUAGUAAUUGAAGGGAUGCUUCACAAUGAGGAAUUCUUUCUGCAGUUAUGCAGCUGCCCCAGACAGUGGUGGCCGUUGACUGAGUAGAAGCGUGUGCCCACAAUGUUGAACUCUAUCUUGUGGAAGGAUUGUGAGCGAGUGAGUCUAUGACAGUUGGUGGUUUUUAUGAGUUUCUGGCAGUCAGUUCAAGGGUUAUGCGCCUAAGUAAUGCACUGCACUACAAGAGGACAGGGAAAGAUUGUGGUGGCCUGAACAUGCGUGUGUGCGCGCCAGUUUUGCAAUCAGUCAGACUGUAAGGUCAGUGAGUCUGGCAAUGCUAGGAGGCAAAGUGAGCGAGGAUAACAGGAAAAUUAUAUGGACGGGGAUUCUCUUGCCGCCGCGAAGUCACUUCUAGUGUUCAACACUCAUCAGCCCCAACCCCUCCCCAAAUUUCCCCACUCGAGUUAAAUCGUGGGACAGGCAUGCUGUCAUUGGUUUUUCCUAGCUGACUUUUCGUGCGUGAAUAUUUUGUGUAUUUGCAGACCUUCGACAGAAAGGCUACAAUAGUCCACAAAAUACAGCAAAUACCCUCGUUACGCAGUGAUUUAUUCCUGCCCAGAGCAAAACCGCUGUACGUAUGGCGGCCGCGGAUCGUCUGCUAAGGUGGAACGCAUGUGCACGACGCAUACCUCCGAAACCCAACUAUUCCUUUGGGGCAGGCAGAAUCAUGCGCCGAAAGCGAUGUCCCUACUGGGUACAUGUGCUAACUCAUCAGGUGUGGUGAGGCAUGAAGUAACCAGCGUAACAACCAGACGACCGACUGGCAGACGCCCGCUUAAGGAGUUACAAUGUAUCGUGUUUUGCGCAUCAGUCCGAAGGGAGCUUUCGACUGAAUUUUAGGAUGUGUCGCUCAGUCGGCGGGUAGAAAUGUCUGCCUGCAGAAUCCGCCGCAGCAAUUUCCAGUCAUCCUUGGGCGAUACUACGGAAUGUAACGUGAUAAUCAAUAAAAGUCGACUGGAUUUAUAGCUUUUAAAUCAUUUGUUGAAAUUCGCAGUUAAUUUCAUCAUUAGAUCCCUUGAAAAUCACUACUAAUGGAGGUUCUAGUUAGCCCGAAUUGGGAAGAAGGUUUAAGUGAUUUAAAUCAAUUAAUGCAGUGUCUGAGAUUAUGGAAAAACAUCUAUUAUUUUAACCGACGCAAAUUGCAUUCAUCACGAAUAUUUCAGUUAUUAGAACACAUUGCAGUGUUGCCACGGAUCAAUGAACAUGAAACCUUUUAGGCUACAUAUGAUGCUAAUGAAAAAGCUUCAUUAUUUUAAAUAAAAUAAGCAGACGACAUACUCGCUUACCCUUUCAAAUAUUAUUUUGACGAACACUGCCUUACGAAGAUACAAGAUCUCGUGCCGCGAAGGCUGAUCUCUCUAGUAAAUGUUUCGAUAGUUACUUGCACUGUGGACUCGCGUAUUUUGUUUGCUUUGCCCAAAGCGGCAUCAUGAUCUCAUAAAGUAACGACAAAUAAUUCAUUUGGGGACCAUUUUUCGAAAAUUUUGUCAUUUAACUUAUGUCAGGCGAGUAGACAGUUGAUUUUUCAUCGCGUUUUUAGACAAUUUUACCAAAUCCUGCCCUUCACGAAGGGCAUCUGCGGCAGGCAGACUGUUAUGUCCAAUGUUCCGCCAGGGACCGAAUUUUUCCAUCCCGCUAGGGAACACUUGUGAUAUCCUCCACAUGCCCAAGGCUGCAGAUCAAACCUGAAUAUGCUAUAAAUAAACAACAGUUUGCUGAGUUCUUCUGGCCGCAUGCGGAGAAUGAGGAACGUAAAUCCCAAAUAACGCAGCGGAAUUAGAAUAAAUGCUCGCCAUUGCACAUUCAUUUGACCACCGACCGCUGAAAGGACAAAUUCGUUUUUUCUUUGGGAAGGACUUUAAGACCCAGUGAAUAACCUACCUGCGUGCGCAGCAUAGCGUUCGCCGGGUUCCCCGUCAGUACCGGCACUGGUCGCUAGUUAGUUAUUUGUGUCCGGAUGAUACCUUCAUUGCCGUUUUCAUACAGGUCGAUUUUCAAAUCUUCUCGUCUCUAGCGUUGCGACUAUGGUUUCGGAUAAUCGAAACCUGCUACCCGCUCCCACUUAGAUUUGUCAAUUUGUAAUUCCAGUUUCAUAGAUCCAUGUGUAGGGGACAACGUACGGCGGCUGCCUCAACAGCGUCAGAGGAAAAGUCCUCUUUGAUUAUCACGACGGUAGAUGACGUAGGCGGCACCUAAAUUACACUUACUGAAAUUUUGAUAACAUGCAUUAUGAUUUGCAAGUUUAGAUUCUUGUUUUACGUCCGUAGUCGAUUUUCGCAAAUCCUUGUCUUUCUAUGUCGGCACAUUCCUUUGAGUUAAUCAUAUUCUUCAAAUGUUAGAAGGAGCGUGCGCGCCUCAGGUAGUCAAACAAGUCAAACAGAGAGCCCCAAUGCGUCCGAUUUCCCUCCAAGCACCAUUCUACACGUUGAAUGAAAACAUUUGUUGGCCUAAUAGCGGUUUUUCACAGUCGCUACAAUCUGUACAUCCGCGGAAGACGGAUUGUUUCAGAUCGAGAACACUUUAGAAGUUAAAGCACUUUUCACUUAUUAUCCCCCAUGCAUUGCUUCACCAACUCAGUCGUCAAGUAAAUAGUGAUUAGAUCUAAUGUCCACCCUACCAUUAUCGGACUUAACUACUAAUCAAUACUUUUUUGAAAGCCUUUGGUCAAUGUACUAUUAGGUAAUUUAACUUAAGACAACCGCAUUUUUAACUGAAACAACAGGCUUGGGCCUUCUAACCGCAACGCCUCGAUACUGACGUUAUAAUUUUCCAACUCAAAUCUAUGAAUGUCAGCCGCAUUGUUGGGUUAGGUCGUGUGCAAAUGCCUGCUCUAAAGCAAUUCAGUUACUUUAACAGUCGUUUGGAUGGCCAUUUGAGUGUAAAGAGCAAGAGUCUUGAAGAUCUUUUUGCCACAUCGUAAUUUUACGAUUUUAACUGAACUCACCCCCGGUGUAAAAGCCCAAAAUGGAAAACGCAAACGUGACCACUGGCUGCAACUGAAUUGCCUUAUUCUCACAAGUUCCUAAAUCCUGAAUAAAGACAUAUAAAAAAAUAGAAAAAUGAUCACAAAUUCUUUUAUAUUAGGGCAGACAAAAUAUACGUUCUUGCCACGCAAGAAAACAAAAAUUAUGAAACCGACAUAGUACAGACGAGCAAAUUUUCAAAAGUUAAAGUAGGUGCUUUGUCACAAAUAAGACACAAGUUGUCCCAUUAUGAUAAGUGAAAAGUCCAUCGUCGAGUUAUGCCUACUUAAUAAAAAGAAGGCACUAGGAAUUAUUAGCUAAUAUUAAGCCCAUGGGCUUCAAAUCCAGAAAAUACACCUGGACUAGACUAUAAUAUCAACUAACCAAGAUUGUAGGUUGUGAUAAUGGAGACUGCUGUUAAAUACUUUUUUUAAAACGUUUGUUGUAAGGCGUUUUUGUGUGUAAAGUAUUGGGGUGGACAUAAUUUUAGUAGUAUUUCCAUUGUCUCAAGUAAUAGUUUUUCAUGCACUGACGUUGGCCUACGAAAAAAUAUUACAAGUAACUUGAGAAAGGAUAUAUGAAUCUAAAUUAUUCAGGAACUGGAAAACUGUCCCAAAACUAUUAUUAUCUUCGUCACUUUCCAAAUAAAUGCAUGGAAGGUGUUUAUCGGCUAAUUCAAAGUUCAAAUUUCGGUCUCCGCCUGCAGAUCCUAGUAUAAGCUGAUCUACCACAAGCUCGGAAUUAACUUCUAAGGAAACUAAAAGGAAUAAUUUUUUUAAACUAAAUUUUCUGCCAGAUAGCACACGAAAAAUGCUGAGGGACCCAACGAAGACCAAACUCCUCUCAGCUAUGCCACAGAGCGGCAGAAUAUCGAGGAGACACACGUGUCUGGGCUUUUAGCUAUUACAUGUAUCGCUAGCAUGUCAUCUUCAAACGCCAAAAUUUUAAAAUCUCGCAAAACCUGCAAUCUUGCAGUCGCUUCAUGUACUGUGACCAAAAACAAAUACUUGACUAUAAUUAAUGAUACAUUUAGAUAUCCUCACACAACCUUCACCUUAUGCUUGGCCGUUUGCAGUAAGACCCAGAAGCGUGGUUUGAAGAAGGAACGUCACCUAUCGAAUUUGUGUGUUUAAAAUGCGGAACAUAUGAAACUUUGACUUUUUGAAUCAGGGUUCUAGAUGCUGACAUAUUUUCUGUAACUUGCUUGAGUAACCGAAUAUUUCUUGAUCUACCAUACCCUCAGCAUGAAGUCUAACCAUCUGCAAAUGUGCGUCGCACGGAGUUUAAUUCGGCUGCUUUGUCGGGGUAAUUACCGCAGACGGUUAGAUUAAUUAACCGUUAUUGUCCACUUCCCGAGCAGUCUUUAAUUAGUCUGCAGUCCAUGAUCACAGACGGUCAAAGUUUUGUAGCUGCUUAGUAGUUUAGUAAUGGAGAAUUUGUAAUUCAAAACUUUUCAUUUUAGGUGCUGGUUAGUGAAUACGUUUUAAAAUAAUGAGCAAUUUUAGACUAGUUUCCUUGAACAGUCCAUAAGAAGCAGGACAAUUCAAAUUGUCGUAGUUGCCUUAAUAAUAAACUAGUGUUUUUCAGUAGAUUCAUAUGGAGCCUUAUGAGGUUGACUGGUAUCCAUGGAUUAUUGGCGAAGAUAGCUUAUUUGCUGCCCUUAUUUGACUUGUUAUCCCUAAGUCAUCUUGUACACCUUAACGGUGGUUUUGGGUCUAUACUCCACCAUAAUAAGCAACAACAGCUUCGAGAAAUUUCAGUAUCCUUGCAUUUGUACGAUACUGCACCUAGGAGUCUAAUUUAAUAUCUUUGGUAAGUAAACAACAAACUAUAGUCGUGGGUUUUUUAUUUCCAAAUCGCAUUUACAGGCUCUAUGAUAUCGUGAUAUCAAACUCUGCUCACAUUGCUAAUUUUAUCUGAAUAAAAGGUUUCAUUUUUUCGAAAAGACAUCGGAGGCUAAAAGAAGUAGGUCAAAAGAGAGAUUUGAUGUGUUACAAACUAAAGCAGAAUAAAACCUAACGGGGAUUCUGAGGCACUUUUUAUAUUUGUACCGGCUGUUGCUUUUCCAUUCACCGAAUAGCAAACCAAAAACGAAUUAAUUACUUGCGAUUUACAAUUAUUUGACUGGGGCUAUGACUGUUGGCUAUGGUCGUCUAGAUCUUGGUCCCAUGGCUUAUAGAUCGUCUAGUUUUGCGGGACUUAUAUCUGAGCAUGACAUUCUCUAUAAACAUUGAGAUGUGCAGAUCUAUCUUUGUUCAUGGUCUUUUUAGUUAGGAUGAUAGCAGAUUUUUUCACUUUAUAUGGCUUUGUUUAGCAUUUUUUAUUUUUUUGCCCAUUGUUUUCAAUGUGCCAUUGCAAAAAAAAAGAAUUUUUUCUAAAGCGCUUUGAAUACAUUAAAAUGGAUCUAAAGUAAAGGGUUUUAUUACAAUCGUGUUUUUAAAACUCCCUUCAUACGUUCAUAAUGUCCUCGAAGGCUUAGUAGUCUUCAGUAUGUUUUAUGCAUUGGUGCAUUUGAUUGUCCGUAGACAGGCUAUUUUGGACUAUUUAAGUUUUCAAUGUGUUUUCCAACAUUUUUAGUAAAACUUUAAUAAAUGCUAGGAGAAUGACAGUUUUUCGACCUCUCUCUUUCUAUUUCUGAUUGUAUUUUUAAAUUUUACAGAUGCAUUUCUGCCCAAAGUUUGCGCUAUAAACCGGGGAGAACAUGUGAUUCUCAACGACUACGCCGUCAAGGUGCCCGUGACAAUCAUAACCUUCUUCAUUCCAAGCUUCCUCCUCGUAGUCAUAAACUGUAUCAUAAUUGUAAAAAUUUUGCAGUUAAAACGACGUCGAAAACUGCUGUUCUCGCCUUCCUUCAUGGCUUACGCAAAGACCUGUAAGGUAACCGGCAAGGUGGUAGCUGAGGGCAAGAUGGAACUCAAACGCGUGUUCGCCUACCUCAAUUUGGCUCUCAUCGCCUUCAUCUUCUCCCUUCCCCUCACUGUUACCCUCUGUAUACGCUCCGGCCUGACCUUACGCGACAGCCUCUGCGAGCGUGAAACGAUUGCCGAACUCAGUCGACUGUUUAGUUCUGUCAAGGACAUCCAAUACGCCAUUCACGGUUACACGUACAUUUUCUUCUUCGCCUUUUUCCGAAAGAAGUUUCUGCAAAUUCUUUGCCUUGUAUUUUGUUGUAAAAAAGUGCAAGAUUGA